AUGAGAGGAUAUACUGUACAUGUAUACCUUUGCCUUGUUCUCACAUUCAUCAGAAUCAGAUUGCUGGCCAUGGUGCAUAAAAAUAAAAUCCCUUACGUAAGAUACGAAUGUGCAGUUUAUCCCAUCCGAGUUGAUAUUUAUGAGACCUACAAUCCUGGGAGUGUAGUACGUGUAUGGGGAUCUCUAGAGGGCCGCGGUUGGGUGCUGCUUUGGUCAGGAGAGCCUCAGCUUGGGUUGAAAGCAGCAGCUCGGAUUUUCUCUCCUCCUAUCUCUCAGCCUCACCGACUUAUAAACAUUUUGCGUGUUGAAUUUGACCACCGACAGCAUAAUUACUACCCAGCCUUGGAUGCUAUUUUGCUCGUAGGAUCAACUCAUUCAGGCAGCAAAUCUGUUUCUGAACUUAGAGAAUCUAUCUUCAGUCAGAUUAUGAAACUGGGUAUCCAUACUGCAACAAUAUCGGAAGAAGAUAUUCUUGCUGGAGUACAGUUUCUGCUGUCUGAAGAGAAUCUGAAGAAAUUAAUGGAGGAUGAUCAUGGAGAAGUAGAUGAUGAUGAUGAGGAAGGCUGUGAGACCCUUAUAAGAGAAGAAAAAGCUGACUUUGAUCACCUGCAAAAAGAAAAGAAAUGUGACCUAAUUGAAGAUCAGCUGGAUUCUCUUGAUAUUAGGACCUGUGGAGGUUAUUUUGAUAUGUUGCCUGAGGAACUUAUCAUGCACAUCCUUAAACAGUUGGACAUAAAGUCUCUCUGUCAGCUUUGUUGCACUUGCAAACUACUCCAGAAGUUUGCCUCUGAUCCUUUCCUUUACAUCAAGUUAAAUCUAAAGAAUUGCUGGUGGCUAGUUAAGAACUCUACCUUAGAAUGUUUGAGAACAAGAUGUUCCCUCCUUGCAUGCCUUGAUUUAUCUUGGUGUGGUCCUUAUAAUGCAGUAGAUACUGGCACCUUUAUGGAAUUCAUACACACAUGUGGACGACAGCUUACGACUCUUCGGCUCAACAAUUGCCAUUUUAUUGACAAUUAUUGUUUGUAUAUGAUAGCAAAUGUCUGCUACAAUCUUCAAGAACUUAGCAUGGCCAACUGCAGUAAAGUAGAUCAUCUUGGAUUUAGAGAGCUGAAGAAAGCCAGAGGGCUUAGCCGUCUUGAUUUAUCAAGAACUCGCAUUGACUUCCACACCCUUCAGCUUUUAUUGCAACAUGCAGGAAACCUACAACACCUAAGUUUGA